AUGCCCCCUGCAACCCAUCGCCUACGACGAUGGCUUCCAUGGCUCUCGACCACAGCAGCUGAUUAUCGCCUCGUCUCGCGGCAUACGUUCCGGCUCCAGCAUCUUGCUACUCGCUCCAGCUCGUCGCGACCAGCAGGAGUCUCGGCAACCUCAGUGUUCUAUCGAAAGCUCGCCCCUUCCAUGUGAGGCGGAGUUUGGAGAGCGAGUGAACGUCCCUUCCGCCGCUGACCUGUCACUUGAUCCUCACUAGGCUGCAUUGCCUCGCCCUCGGCUCUAUCGUGUGCUAUGGUCUCGAACUGCUGCACUCACACCUCCAUGGGCAAUAUCUCGCGAAGGAGCUUCAAGCUCGUGUCGACGAGCUCAAGAUCGACAUCGAGCAAGUGCUUUCUAGCCACGUUGAGAUGAGCUCAACAGGAGCACUUGAUACGAAUGUGAACCCACCACAUCCACAGCGGACCGGACGCUGGUGGCAGUUUGGGAGAGAUGGAUGA